AUGAUGAAAACGGUCAUGGUGAUGCUCGCAAUACUUGCCACAGCAAAAGCCGAAUCCGAGCUCGCCGCAGCUCUGAGUCGAGUAAUUCUCCUGUUGGAUUUUAGGAAAGCCUACGACACGGUCGCACGGGAAUUUUUGUUUCUCGUACUCAUUCGGUUUGGAUUUUCGCCGGAGUUUGUGCAGAUGCUACGGAACUUGCACGAAGGUACAACGGCUAGAUUUCUUGUAAAUGGAGAGCUAUCCGACCCACAAGAUGUCGUCUCGAGCAUUCGUCAAGGAUGCCCAUUGGUACCCCUACUGUUUAUUCUCGCAGCAGAAGUACUCGCGUUAGCAAUCCAGCAAGACGAACAUACAGAAGGAAUUCAAGUACCCUGA